UGCUUGGGACUGACCAGACAAUAAGAGACACAGAAGUCUUGUCAGCACGGACUAGAGACGGCAAGGGCUACCCCAGGAAGAGGAGCAGUGGCCACAAUGGAUGGGAUUCAGUCGAGGACAGGGGGGAAGGGAAGGGUAUCUGUGUGUGCGCUAAAAGGCAGCUUUCCAGUAUUUUCCUUUAAAACAAUCUUUGUCUUCAUAAAACGUUCUUCAGUGCUCAAAGUAGUCACCAGCGAGCCCGCUUUCUGGCUUCUCUUUCCAACUGAUCAACUGCCCGCCCCAUCGACUGUUGCCUGGAGUUGUGCCUCACGCUUGUCACUUUCUUUUUCAUUCCCAAGCAGCCUUACCUGUAAUCUAUGAAAAUGGCCUUGAAAACUUUGUUUAUGAAUGGAUUUCUAUAGGAUAGUGGAUCUCUUAUUUUCUUUCUAAUAAGACUAUUGUCACUAUAAACAGGCAAAACUUUAAGUUUGAAGAAAUACGUGAGACCCAUAAGGCUGCAGUUUUGAAGCGAACUUAAAUGUGGGAAAAGCAAUAACUUUCAGGGUCACUAUACCAUGUUAUGUGUGUUUCCAUGCAAAGAGUUGUUGUAAAGUUCGUAGCUUUAUAGAAGUGUUUAAAAGAUCUUGACUAAGGUUGAAAUCAGCAUUUAAAUGUUUAAGGAAAUUGGUUCAUGAAACGUGUAGUUUGACUUAUGAGUUGCAUAAUAGUGUUUAAAUAUUUGGGAAAAUGUGCUUAAUCAAUGUAAAAGCUUAAUAAAUUGAACAUUAAACAAAACUAAGUAGUGGUAAGUGUGCUUUCCAGGCCAGAAGUCCCUGAGACAUUACAGAUCUUAGCAACAGACAAGACAGGUUUAAUCCGGUAGAUUUAACAGCUGUGCUUUGGAGCAAAAAUGCAUGAGAUCUGGCUCUUUUUAUUGAAAACAAAAUCCAAACUAAUAUGCUUAGCAGGAAAACUCAGUUAGUGGCUGCAUGGGUUGCUUUUGGUGACCAUGUCUCUUGAUAAGGGUUAUUAUUGAUGCUGUGGCUUGAUUAGUCCUGGAUCAUACGCAGACAAAUGUUCUGUCAGGUUCACCUCUCUAGUUGCAAGUCCAAGGUUUGUUCCUUUAAAACACUUCCGAGGUCCAGCUUUCUAAAGUGAGGAGGAUUGAGAAGCGAGGGGUUUAGAGAAAAAGGAGACCAUGCAACCUGGGUGAUCAAAGGACUUUUAAGAAAAAGACAAAUUAAUAUUCCAUUUUAUGUUGUGUUGAUGUUAAACCCUUCCAUCUCCCUGGUGUUCAUUAAAGCUGCUGUAUAAACAGACACAUCCAAAGUGUAAGUAUUUUCACUUCAUAUCGCUCUCUGGAAAGAAUGAUUCAAGUUGUCAAUUGAUGAUAAUGUAAUACAAUUCAUGGAUAUGUUGGUGGUCCUUUCUAGCUGCAGAAUGUGCAUUGCUAUUUCUGGAAUGGUUGCUGCGACUUGCCACUUGCCUGGCUGAUCUAAGAUGCUCCAAAGGUUCUCUGAGGAUUUAUAGGCUAAUAAUGGUUAAGGAGUUUGUGUCCUGAAGAACUCUGUAAUCCUAUACUUCCCGAAUCCCACGCUAAGCCAGGACCUUCUGUCAUACCCCAAGAGUACAGGCAGUUUGAAAGCUCUUGUAAGCAAUCAUUCUGCUUGACCUUUGGGGUUCCAACGAGGUGCCACUUAGGCACCUCCUCAGUAACUUUGACCACAAUGUAGUUUCUUCUUGGCCCUCUGCCCCAGGUGGUGCCCAGAGGGAGGGUCUUCCUUUUGGAACUACAGCGGCAAAGCAAGCCACGCCAUGGGUGAGAUUAGCCAAGAGGCGGUGGAGACAUGCCUGGAGGACCACCCUCGGUUUGCCAAGGAGUACUUCGACAAGAAACUGCAGACGGUGGCCCUGGGUGAAGCCUCCGAGCACAGCGAGGUGCAGGGCCCGGCCAGUGGGUCCUUCCAGGGGCUGUCACGGGAGGAUGAGGCGGCACUGUGCGUGGAGCUGCUCCAGGCCAUGCGGGAGGAGGCGGGCAGCGCAGAAGCGGUGGCGCACAGGGCCCUGCAGAGGCUGGCGCAGCUGCUGCGGGCUGACCGCUGCAGCCUGUUCCUCGGCCGCUUCCGCAACGGCACGCUGGAGGUGGCCUCCAGGCUGCUCAACGUCACUCCAACCUCCAAGUUUGAGGACAGCCUGGUGGUCCCUGACAGAGAAGUUGUGUUUCCCUUGGACAUCGGGAUAGUAGGUUGGGUUGCUCACACAAAGAAAGCUCUUAAUGUCCCAGAUGUGAAGAAGAACAGCCAUUUUUCUGACUUCAUGGACAAACACACCGGGUAUGUCACUAGGAACUUGCUGGCAACCUCAAUCAUGAUGGGCAAGGACGUUCUGGCUGUGGUUAUGGCAGUUAACACAGUAAAUGCAUCUGAAUUUUCCAAACAAGACGAAGAGGUGUUUUCCCAGCACCUCACCUUGGUUUCUAUCAUCCUAAAGCUUCAUCAUACCAACUACCUGUACAGUGUUGAAUCCCGAAGAAGCCAGAUCCUUAUGUGGUCAGCCAAUAAAGUGUUUGAAGAGCUCACAGAUGUUGAGCGACAGUUUCACAAGGUGCUCUGCACAGUUCGAACGUAUCUGCUCUAUGAGCGCUACUCCAUCGGGCUGCUGGACGUGACCAAGGAGAAGGAAUUCUAUGAUGAAUGGCCAAUCAAGCUUGGAGAAGUCGAGCCUUAGAAAGGUCCAAAGACACCGGACGGCAGAGAAAUCAUCUUUUAUAAAAUUAUUGAUUACAUUUUACAUUGGAAAGAAGAGAUCAAAGUGAUUCCGACACCUCCCGCAGACCACUGGGCUCUUGUUAGUGGGUUGCCAACAUAUGUUACUGAAAAUGGAUUCAUAUGUAACAUGCUGAAUGCCCCUGCAGAUGAAUACUUCACAUUUCAGAAAGGACCUGUAAAUGAAACUGGCUGGGUCAUUAGAAAUGUCUUAUCCCUGCCUAUUGUCAACAAGAAAGAUGACAUUGUGGGAGUAGCUACAUUUUACAACAGGAAGGAUGGGAAACCUUUUGAUGAGUAUGAUGAACACAUCACUGAGACUCUCACACAAUUUCUUGGCUGGUCUCUUUUAAAUACUGAUACCUAUGAGAAAAUGAGUAAGCUAGAAAACAGAAAGGACAUUGCUCAGGAAAUGCUCGUGCACCAGACUAAAGCCACUCCUGACGAAAUCAAGUCUAUUCUGAGAUUUCAAGAGAAGUUAAAUAUAGGUGUAAUUGAAGACUGUGAAGAAAAACAACUUAUCACAAUUUUGAAAGAGGACUUGCCGGACCCCAAGGUGUUAGACCUGUAUGAAUUCUGCCUCAGUGACUUCCCCGUUACAGAGCACGAACUGAUUAAGCAUGGACUACGACUGUUUUUUGAAAUAAACGUGGUGGAGAAAUUCAAAGUCCCCGUAGAGGUUCUUACCAGAUGGAUGUACACCGUGAGAAAAGGGUACCGUUCCAUCACUUACCACAACUGGUGGCACGGGUUCACCGUGGGGCAGACCAUGUUCACUUUGCUGAUGACAGGAAGGCUGAGGAAAUACUAUACAGACCUUGAAGCCUUUGCCAUGCUCGCUGCUGCCUUCUGCCAUGACAUCGACCACAGAGGCACCAAUAACCUGUAUCAGAUGAAAUCCACAUCUCCAUUAGCAAAGCUCCAUGGAUCUUCUAUUUUGGAGCAGCACCAGCUGGAGUACAGUAAGACUCUACUGAAGGAUGAGAGUUUAAACAUCUUCCAGAAUCUAAACAAACGCCAAUUUGAAACAGUUAUUCAUUUGUUUGAAGUUGCAAUAGUAGCAACUGACCUGGCUUUAUACUACAAGAAGAGAACCAUGUUUCAAAAAAUUGUUAAUGCUUGUGAAAAAAUGGAAGCUGAAGAAGAGGCCAUCAAAUAUGUAACCAGUAAUCCAACCAAAAAACAGAUUAUCAUGGCAAUGAUGAUGACUGCAUGUGACCUGUCAGCUGUAACCAAACCCUGGGAGGUACAAAGUCAGGUAGCACUUCUUGUAGCAAGUGAAUUUUGGGAACAAGGAGACCUGGAGAGAACGGUGCUGCAGCAACAGCCUAUUCCUAUGAUGGACAGAAACAAAAAAGAUGAACUACCUAAACUUCAAGUUGGAUUUAUUGAUUUUGUUUGUACUUUUGUAUACAAGGAGUUUUCACGGUUUCACAAAGAAGUCACACCUAUGCUGAAUGGCCUUCAGAAUAACAGGAUGGAAUGGAAAUCCCUAGCCGAUGAAUAUGAUGCAAAGGUGAAGGUAACUGAAGAGGAGGCAGAAAAGCAGGAAGAGGGAAACACAAUUGAAAAAGUUGCGGAAGAUACAGGAGGUGGUGCUGACGACAAAAAGUCCAAAACUUGUCUAAUGUUGUAAUGUGCUCCAACUGGUCUAAAUUUCAAAUAUUGUUUAUACUUUAGAAGAAAAACAGAAAACAUUCAAAGGAACUUCAGUGAAUUUCAUUCAGCAAACCAUGAAGUAACAUAGUAAGAGGUGCUUCAGAAAACUUACCAUUGUAACUAUUAAGAGAAAAUACACUGCUAGCCUGAAAACCCUGAGGGUAAAAUGAAGUUCCACAGAAGUGCAAAAUAAGAUGAAAAUAAGUGCAUUUUGAAGUGCCAAUUUGUUUCAGAUUAAAAAUAUAUAAUCCUGAAACUAGUCACCAAUUGUUUUUUUUUUAAGUUCUUAUUAAUUAUAUUCAUUUGCUAGGGCUACCAUGACAGAAUACUGCAGACUGGGUGGCUUAAACAGAGAUUGAUUUUCUCACCAUUCUGGAGGCCAGAGGACAAGAUCAAGAUGUUGGCAGGAUUUGGUUUCUUGCAAGGCUUCUCUCUCCUUGGUUUGUAGAUGGCCAGCCUCCCCCUGUGUCUCUACAUGGUCUUCCCUCCUGUAUGUCUAUAUCCUAAUCUCUCCUAAAAACAGUCAUAUCAAAUUAGGGCCCACUCACAGACCUUGUAUUAAUUAUCUCUUUACACUAUCUCCAAAUACAGUCACACUGGGGUAUUAGGUGUUUCUAUUUCAACAUCACUUUAAGGGGGGACACAAUUCAACCCACUGCAUUAAUAAUUGUGAUUUAUAUACUCAAAUCCCUCCCUGAACUAAAAAUAUCUCAUCAUUAUGUCUUAUUUUAAGAAUAAAUAUAG